GAAAUUUUAUUUAGAGCAUGAUGAACCCAGCCGUUAGCAGGAAGGCGGCACAACAACGUCAGCGGCGCACCUACAGAGUGAGAAGAGAUAUUUUCGCUGAGUACGACGAUGCUGAGUUACUGAAAAGAUUCAGAUUGGACCGUGCUGGUAUUGUUGCAGUGACUGAUAUAGUGAGAGACAAGCUGCAAAGUAAAACUGAAAGAAAUAGAGCCUUGACCCCUGAGAUGGUGGCCAUCACAUUACGAUAUUUAGCCACAGGAAAAAUGCAACAGUGCAGUUGUGAUGAUUUUGGAACAACGCAGCCCACUAUCAGCCGUGCAAUAUCACAGACAAUUGAUGCACUGGCUGACCCAGAAGUAAUCUGCCAGUUCGUGGCUUUCCCUCACACCCAGCGUGAAGUGCAGCAAAAACAGGCAGAGUUCAUGCAAGUAACUCAGUUUCCCGGUGUUGUGGGAGUGAUUGAUGGUACUCAUAUAAGAAUUGUGUCUCCUCAUGUCGAUGAACAUGUAUAUGUGAACAGGAAACGCUAUCACAGCAUAAAUGUGCAAGUAGUAUUUGAUGCUCACUAUAAGAUUCUUGACAUUGUGGCAAGGUGGCCUGGCUCAGUCAACGAUGCAAGAAUACUAGAUAAGUCAGCACUCAAACUGAUGUUUGAGGAACAACAUGUACCUGCAGGAUGCUACCUUCCCGGGGACAGUGGCUAUCCCUGUAAGCAGUGGCUCCUCACUCCUUACCUUCGCCCUCAAACUGUUGCACAAGCUAAUUAUAACAGUUCCAGUACCUUACGAUGCAGCCGAGGGGACUGACGCCACCACCACCACUGCCACCACCGCCACAACAAGGGUUAUUCAAAUGGGGAACAUGCUUCAGGUGUUGCCCCAAGAUGCCUCAGCCCCGCAGCCCCACUUCCCCAUGAUAGUGCAGGCAGGGAAUGUCAUACAGGUUGUUCCAGCUGACAACACGCAGGUAUUAGGGGCAGAAGUCGUUGGAGUUGGUCGGGUCAUGCAAGUGGUCGGAGUCCCAGGCUUUCCCCCGACCCCAGCCCCAGACCCCUGCCCCAGCCACCCCUCUCCCUGUGACCCCUGCCCAGUCAUCCCUCACCCCCUCCUGCCCCCCUGCGGUGCUGCCAGCGGGGGUGAUGGGAGGUGGAGGUGGGCCACACACACCUGGGUUAGCUGUGGCUUGGCUUAUCUCCCUCCUCAGCAGCAAAUCCCGAGGAUCAACGAGGACAUGGUGGACCCAGAGAUUGCAGCAGCAGCAAGAGAGAGAGAGAGAAGCAAGAGAGGAGGGAGAGGAAGGAGAGGAGGAGGAGAGAGAGGGAGGCCAGGAGGGAGGCACGUCAGAGAGAGAGGGAGAGGAAGAGGUUGAUUCUGUUACAACAACAACUGCAACAACAACAACAGUUAGUCAGUGAGGAGGGGGAGGGGCCGUCCUCUGAUGCUGAGGAUGAGGUAUUGUUCAGGGAGGCCAUGUCGGAGGUGCCGGUGGUGGGGUCGCCAGUUCCGGAGUACGAGGUGGAGGAGGAAAAGGAAGAGGAGGACGAGGAGGAGGCACGGAUAAGGAAGAAGAAAAGAUUAUUACCUGUAGCCCUCCCUCCAGCUGAUAAGGGGAUAUUAAGGAGCCCUUCCUACAGGUUCGUUCGAUGCAAGGAGUUGGCACAGGAGGCGUCCGAGGCUGUGUAGAGCGGCCGUCUGAACCUGGUGCCACAGCUUACUAUGUUCAACAGAUGCCUGAAGGAAGUGUGUGUAAGGGAGGAUAAAGAGAUCAUGCUGGCCUAUGCAGACGAUGUCGCUGUCGUGACAGGAAGCCAACAAGAUCUUCAAGAGGCCAUGACAAGAUGGAAUGAUGUUUUAAAUAGGGAAGGAAUGAGAAUGAACAAACAAAAAACUUAUUUACUAGUGGACAAGCAACAAGUGAUGGUGUGGCUCUGAGCCACUGUAGUAGGGAUGUUAUGGUUUAAGUGUAGGAAGUUGCAAAUGCUCACCUAACAAUUGCACCUUAGUAGAAAAACACAAACAGGAAGUUUAUGCAAGUUUUUAUCCUUAUAUAAAAUGUUGUAUUGCAUCAAACCUCCAUACAUUACUGUCUCUAUCCAGUAUGAGACCGGUGUUCAGGAAGCACAAGCAUGUGCUGAAUAACAAGAAGCCGGCAUUGGUGAAGGUGACAACAUUUCAUCUAUUUAUACAUACUUUUUAUUAUUAAAGCUUAUCUUAUAAUUAUUUCUGAAGAGAUUGACUAAUUUUUGUAGUAUUUAUGACUUAGAACUACGAGUAUGAUAAAGCUAUGAAUUGAUAUAAUUCCUGAUUUGUUUUAUCUUUUCAUUAUCCUUCCUUUGUUAAUUGAGCAUUUUAUAUUACUUAGCUUAAAAAUGCAAGAACGGUUCAGAAGUAUCCAACCUUGGGCUAAGGGCCAAAAUUAUGGUAUCAUUCAAAAUGUCCUUCAAAGAAAGCCCUCUGUAAUCCAACACACUUAGCCCAUUAAUCCUUCCAUUUCUCAUCAAUUUGUUCAACAUUCAUAUUUUUCCCUUAUAGGGUUGAACAAUUUUCAUGGGUUCAGAGCAAAAGGCUUCCUCAUUCCUCCCCAAGGUAUUCUCGGAUGGUAAGCAGGUUUGACUCUGGAGCAAACCUGACCAAGGGCUACUGCCCAAGGCUACAGAGGUUCCUCUCCCUGAGGCUGAAUGCACCAUGUGAGAUGGUUCUGUUAUGUGGAUGAAUGUCAUGGUGGAUAGCAGUGCCACCACAUUCCUACAAUCAUCCAUCACUCCACUGCUCAAACGCUUCUGCAACCAAUGAUAGGUAUGCUGCCACAUUCUGCAUGGUCUCCUUGGCUCUCAGAUAAGGAUACUGUCAACAGGUUUGGGAUUGCCAAAAAAUCAUAAGGAGCUAUGUCUGAAAAGUCCAGAGAGAGAGAGAGAGAGAAAGAAUGAGCAAGAGAAAGAGUAGGAUGAAGCAAAGGAAGAGUCAAGAGGGAGGAAGAGAGAGUAGGACAAGAAAAAACAGAACAAAUAAAUCCCCUACACGUCUUGUCUCCAUUCACACAAGCCAUGAAAAGCUUGUCCAUCCCUGAGUGCUCAGAAGCAGUGUUCCACUGAUGAUGUGGAAACUUGAGACACCCAAUCAUUUAAUGGGCUUUAGUAGGUUUUGUCACCAGUCUUCUGUGUGUCACUGACUACAUUUUGAAAUUUUUAUCUGUUCUAUUUAAUUUUGUGUGUAUGUACACAAUGUUUAUGGUCAAUAAACUAUUUAUAAAACUAUUUAUCUGUGUGAGUAAGAUAAAAGCAGUUAUUGUUAUUAUUAUUAUUAUUAUUAUUAUUAUUAUUAUUAUUAUUACACAUUUUCCUCCUUGUAUUUAAAUAUUAUUAUUAUUAUUAUUAUUAUUAUUAUUAUUAUCAUGAAUUGUUCUUGUUUAUAAAUAAAAUACUGUAACUGA